GCGGCCGUGGGGCGGGAGGAGCCAAGCGGCCAUGGCCUACCACAGCUUCCUGGUGGAGCCCAUCAGCUGCCACGCCUGGAACAAGGACCGGACACAGAUCGCCAUCUGCCCCAACAACCAUGAGGUGCACGUCUACGAGAAGAGCGGGGCCAAGUGGACCAAGGUGCACGAGCUCAAAGAGCACAACGGGCAGGUGACAGGUAUCGACUGGGCUCCGGAGAGCAACCGCAUCGUGACCUGUGGCACGGACCGCAACGCCUAUGUGUGGACGCUGAAAGGCCGCACGUGGAAGCCCACGCUGGUCAUCCUGCGGAUCAACCGGGCGGCCCGCUGUGUGCGCUGGGCCCCCAACGAGAACAAGUUCGCUGUGGGCAGUGGCUCCCGCGUCAUCUCCAUCUGUUAUUUCGAGCAGGAGAAUGACUGGUGGGUGUGCAAGCACAUCAAGAAGCCCAUCCGCUCCACUGUCCUCAGCCUGGACUGGCACCCCAACAACGUGCUCCUGGCUGCUGGCUCCUGCGACUUCAAGUGCCGGAUCUUCUCAGCCUACAUCAAGGAGGUGGAGGAGCGGCCAGCCCCCACGCCGUGGGGCUCCAAGAUGCCCUUUGGGGAGCUGAUGUUUGAGUCCAGCAGCAGCUGCGGCUGGGUGCAUGGUGUCUGCUUCUCCGCCAGCGGGAGCCGUGCGGCCUGGGUCAGCCACGACAGCACCGUGUGCCUGGCUGAUGCCGACAAGAAGAUGGCCGUUGCCACCCUGGCCUCGGAAACGCUGCCGCUCCUGGCGCUGACCUUCAUCACAGAAAACAGUCUGGUGGCCGCGAGCUUGGAGUCAGCCUUGAAGGACCUCAAGAUCAAAUGACCUGUGAGGAAUAUGUUGCCUUCAUCCCAGCUGCUGGGGAAGUGGGGCGAAGAGGUCAGAGAGGCCAAGUGUCGCUUUGCUGAAUGUUUCUAGGGCCCCAGUCGGGUCCCCAAAGGGGCUGUUCCCUCAAAAGGGGAGGGGAUGGGUGGGAAGCUUUUCUUACCCAUUCAAGAAACACGUGCCUUUUUCUUUAAAAAAAAAAAAAAAAAAAAAGCUUUUACUUACUGUAAACAGUGCCCCCAAAGCAUUAUGCUGGUCAUGAACUGCUUCAAAACAUGGAGGUAAUAAAAAUGCAAUCGUGGACACGCUUGCCUGUGUAAAGGAAAGUUGUUUUUUUUUAA